GGCGAGUCAUUUUAUGACAACGAGGAACAGAACAUCACUACCAAACAAUUCCAGCUCAGUUUCUUCUCUCUCCUCUCAUUCUCUCUCUUAAAUAGCUAGACUUCUGGAUCAUUCUUGAUUCCCUUCAGUUUUUUUUUGUUCUCUUGUAAUCUUUAGUUGGUAUACCUGACGUCAUAUACGACAUGGCCGAAGAGGAACCAAAUAAGGUGACCGAAAACGUUCCUACCGUGUCUGAACCAACUCCACCACCGCCAGCUCCGGUGGAAAAACCUGUUGAUGCUGUGGAUGUUGCUCCACAGGAGAAGCCUGUGGCUCCACCACCAGUUCUUCCAGCACCGGCGCCCGUGGAGGAGAAGCUAGAUGACUCCAAGGCUAUUGUCCCCAUCAUCGCAAAAGAAGCAGGGGAAGAAAAGAAAGAAGGCUCGGUUAAUCGAGAUGCUGUCCUGGCUAGAGUUGAAACAGAGAAGAGGAUGUCACUUAUCAAAGCGUGGGAAGAGGCUGAGAAAUGCAAAGUGGAGAACAAAGCUGAGAAGAAACUUUCUUCAAUUGGGUCAUGGGAGAACAACAAGAAAGCAGCUGUGGAAGCUGAGCUCAAGAAAAUGGAGGAACAAUUGGAGAAGAAGAAGGCAGAGUAUGUGGAGCUAAUGAAGAACAAAAUAGCUCAAAUUCACAAACAGGCAGAAGAGAAGAGAGCCAUGAUCGAAGCUAGACGUGGAGAAGAGAUUCUCAAAGCUGAGGAGUUAGCUGCCAAGUACCGUGCCACUGGAACUGCUCCCAAAAAGCUCUUUGGAUGCAUGUGAUUUAAAUCACACAUCUAUGUGAUGGCAUGAAUUGAAUCUGGUGUUACUGUUAUGUUUUUUUUUUCUUUUCAUUGUAUUAUUUAAUGUGGAAAAUAAACCAAAGAAAAAAAGGUUUCAUUUAUACGUUAUUAGUUUGCUUAAUGUGGGGGUUUUAAUAUUGCAAAAUAGAAACUCAUGUAUGGAAACGUACUUAUAUAUUGAUUUGGGAGUGCGUUU